GGUUUAUUGAUAAUUAUCACUAAGAUGAUAUAACUAUAAAUCAAUGUAUUUUGAUUGAGUACCUAUGGCUGGGCCUCAUGAGGAAAAACAUAGUGGUGCAGAAAAGAUUGAAUUAGUGAGUUGUAUGGUAGACCAGUGUUUGUUUCAGUCAUCUACAGUGAUUGUUACUGAACCAGCAGGUAUCUUGACAUCAAAUACUGGCUCUUCACUCAAAUCUCCUUCAAUAAAUUUGAACUGCGAUCAGAACCUGCCUUCUUUGCCAACCCCUCCUUAUACUCCUCAACCAUUGCCAUCUUUUGUAUCAAUGGCAUUUGCAAAUGAAACUUAUGGAGACUUGAUGGAGGAGAACAAUAACAUGGAUGAAAACAGCAAUGAUGAGCAAUAUGAACAGUUUUCACACUUUCAUCAACAGCACUAUUUGGACCAGCAAGCUUCAAUUCAGAGACGACAUGAACUCCAAAAUUUGGCUGAUCAACCAAAUCGAUACAAUAACUCUUCUCCUUUUGAUUCGGAGGAAAGAAGGAAUGAAUCUGGUAGUAGAAGAUUUCAACCACCACUACAAAUGGCUCUCAGUUCCACUUUGGAUCAUCCUAUCAAUUCUGUGUUAGAAAGACAACAUAUUGAACUGGAUACUUCUUCUGAACCUAGAUCAGUGCGGCCACGGGAAAAUUACGCAUCGCAAAGAAGACUGUCUCUCAACCAUAAUUCUACCUCUAGACUGGACCAGUUUCACUCAAGUGGUGUUGAAAGAAGCCAACAUCCCUUGUCUAGUUUUGAACCUAACCAAAAUCUUAAGCCUAGCUCCAAUGCUGCUGUUACUUCUAUGCCACAAAAAUUUUCAGCCAAGCCACCUGAUGAAAGUGUUAGCUCAUCAUAUUUCACACACUCAAGACACAACUUGGCAAGCAGACACCAGCGCCAGAGAUCAUGUGACAGUGGACUUGAUCAUUUGCUGAACAGUAAUAGCCGUGAUGAGGGUGACCAGGCACAGGCUCUGCCGACACUACCUCGGCCAACUUAUCAUGGUGCAUGCAACGGGGGCAUUUGGAAUGAAGGUGUUCCAGCAGAGCUGGAAAUGCUUGAGAGCCAAACGGACACAGAGCGUGAAGCACAAAUGCUGCUGUACAACUUUACGAGAGAGGAGCUCAGCAUGGAGCAUCUCCCUGUGCCUGUUGACAUUGCUCAGUUCCAGGGGUAUGGAGAUUGUAAGCUGAUGCGUGAAGGUACAAAGUUACGUCAAAUUGCUGAUGCGUUCCAGGCAUCUCCUGAACGAGCCAAAGUACGAGACAUGGCAAGCAAGGUCCUCAUAUCGGACAUCACCUGGGAAAACUUUGCUGCCCUCUGCAUGGAGCUCUUCUCUGGAGAGCCAGGCGUGACGGUGGAGCGCAUCGUCACUUUGUUCACAUUCAUCGCCGAUAUCGCCAAAACGCAGAUACGACGCGGUCUUCAGUCGUGCAUACGGCAGCUCAUGACCUGGUCUCUUCGCUUCAUAUUCCAAAAAGUCUGCCAGUGGGUUGACAACUCUGGAGGAUGGGGUCGCGUGCUGCAGCAAGGUCUAGACGUGGUCUACAAGGUGGCUGUGUCAGUGUGUGCCGGGGUCGCUGUCGUCGCCAUGGCUGCCUACAUCGCCAAGACGUGGCGCUCAUAGUGUCAAUAAUACUGAUUACUACCGUAUACUUAUUAGUGCUUUAUUAUUAACAAUUACCCAUCUGGUGCACCGGUGUGUUUAUACUACUGAAGAAUGCCUUUCAAUUAGCUGAUGUACGUCAAUGUCGAUAACACUGAGGAAUAAGAUUAAGGGAUAAUAAUUAAAAACAUGGCGCCAGAAGUGCGCCAGAUUACAUAACAUUAAGGGUUGAUAAUUAAAAAUUAUCUGGCGCCCGUCUGUGUUAAUACUACAAAAUAAUACUGAUCAGUAACUGAAUAAAGAACUUUUUCUGGACAAUUUUGAGGAAUGCCUGGGCUCACGAAGGAAUCACAAUUGUUCCUUAAGCUACAUUUCAACCUCUGUUAAUUUGGAUAGAAAUAUGUAGUUUUUAAUGAAUUUGUAUACAUAUAGUGACCUAAUAUUGAUGAUAAUUUUGUUGCUGCUGUUGAUAUAGUUUGGUUGUGUGUUUGUGCUUUUGUACAUAUAUAUUUUGUUCCUUGAUUCUUGUCAGGCCAAUAGUUCAGUGGGUCUUGAUGAGCCAAUAGUAAAUUUCAUAUUGUCAAGCCAAUCAUUUCUCAGGUCUUGUCAAGCCAAUAGUUUCUCAGGUCUUGU